UGUAAUUCCUGUCAGCCCUUUGGUUCCGGAAACAGCCUACUUCCUGGACCACGAGAGAGCUUUUCUGAUAGGAUUAUUUCGAUGCUUGUACCUGUUGAGGUACCUCAGCCUUGAAGGGAUCCUUUUCAUUUAGAAUCCGUGUCUUCUCUUAAGUAAUUGAUCACCGUGCACCCGGGGACACCCAAUUCACAGCCGAGUGGGAUCAGCCUUCAUGAAUAAUCAAAAUGCUGUGGCCGUGCUGCUGCAGGACUGCAAGCGAGCUCUGGAUGCGCUCCUGUCAGCAAAGGCUGACACGGGUGAGGAAGACGAGCGAGAAUACCGGCGGUGCCAAGCUUUGCUUCCUGAGGACUUGAGGACCCUUCUGGAAGAGGCAAAGGAAAUGAAGUGGCCCUUUGUGCCGGAGAAAUGGCAAUACAAACAAGACCUCGGCCCAGAAGACAAAACAAACCUGCAAGAUAUGAUCAGCGCGAGGCUCCCCGAUUUGCUGGUGUAUUUGAAAGCCUCCAUCACGGUCAAGGACUGCGUAACGGCAACUGCUAUUGUGUUCCUGAUUGACCGGUUCCUAUAUUGGAUUGAUGCAUCCGGCAAACUUCUUCAGAUCGCCAAGGGUCUGCACAGGCUGCAGCCCACCACGCCGAUCGGUCCUCAGGUGCUCAUCCGCCAGGCUCGUCUCUCCGUCAACACAGGUAAACUCUUAAAAGCCGAAUAUAUCCUAAGCAGCCUUAUUAACGCCAAUGGAGCAACAGGUACCUGGCGAUACGCUAAGGAAAGCGAUAGGAUACUUGUUCAGUCAGUCUGCUUACAAAUCAGAGGACAAAUUCUGCAAAAGCUUGGGAUGUGGUAUGAGGCAGCAGAGUUGAUCUGGGCUUCAAUUGUGGGAUACUUCAAACUUCCUCAACCAGACAAAAAGGGAAUUGCUACUUCCCUGGGUAUUAUGGCAGACAUCUUUGCUUCCAUGAAUGAGAAGGAUUACCUGCGCUUUAAAACCAAUGCUGAGAUCGACCUGAGCCUGCUGCGAGAGUUCAAUCAUCGCUUAUUAUCAGCUGCUGAGGCCUGCAAACUAGCGGCAGCCUACAGCCAGUACACCCCACUGUUUGUCCUCACAGCCGUGAACAUCCGUGGGGUGUGUUUGCUGUCCUACAGUCACUCCAAGGACUGUCCCCCAGAAAAGAGAAAGUUUUACUUGUCUGAAGCCAAAGAGUCCUUUGAGAUCGGCCUCCUCACCAAGAACGAGAAGAGUCCGGUCCCCAGCAAGCAGGAGCUCCAUAGUUUUAUUAAAGCGGCUUUCUGCCUCACAACCGUGCAUCGAUGGCUCUAUGGGGAGAGUGAGCAACUCCGUGAGGUGUGCCAGCUGUGUAGAGAAGCCAUGGGAAAACUGCAUUCAUACAGCGCUUCAUUUACAGAAGUGGAAGAGAAAGGAAGGCUUGCCAGAGAGAUCAUGGCUCUGAUCACAUCUGUGAAGAAGCACCUGCAGGUGGAAAGCUUCCCUAAUUCUGAUGCCAGGUCUUACGUUCCGGACAGUUAUAAAGGCACAGUGGAAAAACCUAUCCUGCAACGGGAAGUCAACUUUGAGAAAAUCCUUGCCAUGCAUUCUCAGCAUCACCUCUCUGUGUGUGAAGUGUUCAGAAAUACUUGCAGGAUUCAUAAAACUGCAUCAGGAGAAACCCAAGUGGGAGCUUGUAUCACAGCCUUAAGAACAGAAACCAAAACCACGGACACUGCAUGUACUACUGAAGAAGUAGCGUACCAGAGGAAAGGCGCUGCAAAAAUGCUGAAUUUGCCAACAGCAGGAAGUAGCUCAGAGAGCCUCAGUGGCCAGAGAAAUAAAUACAUCAGUUCUGACGUGAAGAAAAUUUCCUUUGAUGAAGAGAUUGAGCCAUUAGGAAUAGAAAUAAAUGAUGCAAACGGUGUUUUCAGCAGACGGCAAAACAGGAGUCAAACCACUACCUCGGAGAGCUCUUGGUGCAAGCUGUCAAAAUCAAGCUACUCAUCCAGCUGGGAGGAGCUAAACUGUAAUAGCAGCAAAGAGCCUUCCAGGGAAGGGCAGCAGCAGGAAAAGGGCUCAGCAGAGGAGCGAUGUUGCACAACGGAAUCUGAUGGAAAUGGUCAAGCUGCAAACUUACACUCAUUACCUCCCAGAGCCUGGCAUCCUUCUCCUCAAGAGCGUCUGCGUAGCUCUUGGGGAUCUCCUCAGCCUUCCGUAGAGGUGGGUAAGCCCCUAGCUGGGAGGCUGGUAGAGAAGGCAUCUCUCCAUGGAGAAGAGCUGCAGGAGGGAAGACACCAUGGAAAGAGCUCUUUAGAAAAGAAAGCAGGGGAGGUGAACAACUCUGUUCCUUCCCUCUCCACCCCUUACUCGGUUCCUCCCAGGGUGGAGGAGGAAAAGGGGUCUUCCUCCCGAGCGGAGCUGGGCUGCAGGACCAGGGAGGGAGGCGGUUCCUCAGCCUCCAGGUCUCAGAGCCGCUUUGUGUGCGUCCCCCCGGAAGGAGAAACUGCAGAUAGCACAGAGGAUCCCUCGUUUGAUGUGCGCCCCCCCACAAACAGGGGUGCCUCUGUACUAUCAACGAGCAUUGAGCUGAAAAUGGCCAGCAACAACUCUGUGCGUGACUGGCUGAGGAAAUCCACCACGGUGGGAAAUGGAUCCAUCAGAGUGCCUGAAGUUGACACCCAAGCAGAAACACGAGAUGACACUGAAUUUGAUUUCAUCAGUAUUGGAGACUUAGUAAACAGCUAUCCUACAGCGUCUCUUCCAGAGCAUCAAUCAACUCCCAGUGGACUGACAGCUUUGCCCUCGGGGGAGAAGGUAUCCGUAACUGAGCACUUUGACUGUGCCACUACUGAAGAAGAUGAAGAAAAGUCUCAGGAUGUGGUGAGCAGCAAGAGACAAUCCAGUUCAUCUCUGAGUUCGUGGUGCAGAUCAGCACAGAUGCCCAAGAGUUCCCCUGAGAGUCCAUUUCUGAACCCAAGGGGAAGUGGUUUUACCUUCGCGCCUGGCAGAACAAAGGAAGAAAUCCUUGAAGCUCGAUUGCUGGGGGAUGAUGAUUAUAUGCAGCUUCUGGCAGGGGUAGAACAUAAUUGGCUUGUCCAGAGACUGAAGCCUACUGGAAUUUUUAAGUCUAAACAGCUUCAUAAAGCAUACUCUGCUCUUCUUUUAAAAUACUCAAAGAAAUCAGGCCUCUGGACAGGCCAAGAAACAGCUGUAUUCAUUGGGGACUACCUGAACGUGGCAAAGGAAGGCAAACAGAGAAGUGCGUUUUGGAUCCACUUCCUGCACCAAGAAGAAAUCCUGGGAAGGUACGUUGGGAAAGAAUAUAAAGAAGAAAAAGGACUACUUCAUCAUUUCAGUGACGUGGAACGGCAAAUGACUGCGCAGUACUACGUGACGGAAUUCAACAAAAGGCUGUAUGAGCAAAAGAUCCCUACCCAGAUCUUUUAUAUCCCAUCUGCAGUACUCCUGAUACUGGAAGACAGAACUAUAAAAGGGUGUGUCAGCGUGGAGCCCUACAUCCUUGGGGAGUUUGUGAAGCUGUCCAAUAACGCGAAGGUAGUGAAGAAUGAGUACAAAGCCACGGAGUACGGUCUGGCCUAUGGCCAUUUCUGCUACGAGUUCUCCCACGGAACGGACGUCGUUGUUGAUCUGCAAGGUUGGGUGACAGGUAACGGGAAAGGCCUGAUCUACCUCACAGACCCCCAGAUUCAUUCUCUGAAUAGCAAAGAUGUUUCACACUCCAACUUCGGCAAGAAGGGAAUUUACUAUUUCUUCAAUAAUCAACACGUGGCGUGCAAUGAAAUCUGUCGCUGCCUUUCUUUAACAAGACCCUCAGUAGAGCUGCCAAUGUAGACUCCCACGAGACAGUCUCACAAAGAGUGACCCGUAAGCUGGACGGUAUUUUAUCCUACUCACCUUGUAGGAGCCCAUUGCCUUUGUGAGAACAGAGCCGCUGAGACGCUGCCCGUGUGAGCUGGGUCUGUCACUUCCUGCACGAGUUUAGCAAGUUCUAGUCUUCGUGUUCAGGCUGGUAAUACCACAUUACCAUCUUGUGUACCACCUGAACCUCAUGUUGUUACAGCCGUCUGCAAGAAUUAACAGAAGAGCCUAAGAAGAGUAAGAAAACAGCCUCCCAAAUUCAGCUAGAGGUGUACUUAAAAGGCUGUAGAAACUUCUACAGACAAAUUCAGACCCAGUAAGAGCAAGAGGCACCAUCUGCUCUUUGGAAAUGGAAUAUGUGAUGGAGUGAGACGGAAGCAGAAAGCUGUAUUUCAACCGUUUGUAAAAUUUUCAAAGCUUGUAUAAAUACUUCAGGGAACAAAUGGUAAUGUUUUGGUUUGCUUCAAAAAUGAAGUUUCUUUCCAAGGUGUGCGUAUAUGUGACCACACACCACCUAAACAGGUGGAAAUACGGUUUUAAGUGUAGCAGCCAAGAAAACUCUGCUGCUCUGCGAGGAAAAAAUAGUGUUCCUGAACGAAGAGAUGCUUUACAUGCAUAAUUUAGGACUGCUACAUUUAACAAACUCUCAGAAGACUUUCCCAAGAGAAGAAUGGUUCUCACUUAAGGACAGCACCUCUCUUCAGCCUAUAAUGGGACUCUGAGCACUACAGACUUGGUGGCCGACUCCAUAACUAAUUCCCACAAUCUCACUGGACAUGAGUGUAGCCACUUGUACAAAGGAGCAGUUCUGGGGAAGUCCAGCAUCUAAUAAGCACAGAGUAAGCGGCCUCAGUGCCAGCAAGCAAAGCACCCCAUACCUUUUGAGCCUCUUGUCAUCAGCCUCGCUGAGCUGCUGCGAGGUGGAAGGUGUUCAGGAAGGAGCGGUGCCUUUCUCAGCUGAGUCCCCAGCAGAAGGACACUUGUAAUUUGCUGCCAGGAGCGAGGAUGACGCAUCUGAGGGGUUGUGCGCCUCAGUGCUGGUGGAGGUACAGCCUGCGGAGCUUCCACCUGGCUGGCUUUUGUGGCACAUAUCAGAAAAUGCAUUUAUGAAAGUAAACCAGAUGACCAAUAAUACUUAAGUCAUAUAUUUACACGCUGCCCCUACCAACAGCCCACACAGAGACCCGCAUCCACCCACCCCAUUCCACUCAUACAGCCAAAGACUGACACGGUGGGGGAUUUUCUUGACAACUCCCCCGGUGCUGGGAACGCACUUUACUAUCAUGUAUGCAAACAGCUGCAGCUCACUCCUUUGACUCCAACACUUUUAGGGGUAUUUUUCUUAUUGUUUGUGGUUGUUUUCGAGCCCACUCAGAGAGCCCCUGAUUUUUAACACCAGGACUGAACAGCCCAUGGCAUGUAUGCUGGCCACAUGCUUCAGCAGUGCCUGCCUGGGUUAGAGGCAGCUGCAGCCUUUUACUUUCUAUGAAACAAUCUUUUGUGGGGUUUUUUGUUGUGGUGUUGGGUUUUUUUUUUUUGAACUAAGGCUUGCAAUUCAUUCAUGUGACCUCCUUUGACACCUACAGCAAUUCUCAUACUGAUAACCACUCACCUACCUCUGAGAGACCCAAGGGAUAGGGUUACUCUGUCACAGUAAAUUUCAGAAGCCCGCAGAGGAAAGCAAUACCCUCCCAACUUUGUGAAUUCUAGCUGAACAGCUGAAAUCUUACAUUUUUUUUUCCCGCGCAGGCUGAUGAGCUGAAAGGAGUCGAACUUGCUGGCGUGGUGGGAUAACAUAUACAUAUGCUGUAGAGAAAACAGCCAUAAAUAAGAGGGGAUGGCAGCUCCUUGCACAAAAUGCUGCACCCCUACAAUGCUGAAUUAAGCCAACUAAAGUGACUGGUUGAAAUAUAUUAAAAAAAAUUAAAAACCAUUAGCAAUAUGACCCAAAUUCAGGCUUUGCUGAAAGAAGCGUUUUCAAAUCAGAUAUGCUGAUGCAUGCAUUUUUCUCCUAAAACUUCAACUGCCUAUUUUCAGUCUCUUGCGGACAGGCUUUUAAUGAGGUACCUGGCCAGUGUGAGUGGGCUUCAACCUUCAUUUCCAAUGCCAACUUGGGG